AUGGGCUGGUAUGAAAUCACCGACGACUAUAUUAAAGACUCGAAGAUCAACAUCCCAGUAUGCGAAACUCUCCAACUCAGAGAUGUUUACGGCGGAACCCAAAGAACCAUAUACCGCGUUGACCAGAGCGGACGACAGUUUCCAGUGUGGACUGUCAACGAGAACAUUGAAAGCGGCGUACUUGCGAUUGUCUCCGCCGACCCCAGAGCACAGGUCCCCGCAGGCAAUGCCGUUGGUAUCAUCAAAUACCACACCAUGUCCUCAAGAACACAAAUCACCCUACGCAGAUCAGAACUCAGUCUGGGGCUUACGGACUACAGCCAUGGACACGAAAUCAACUUCAACGGCUGCAACUACCGAUGGGUUAUGUCCAAAAAUACCAUGUCGACGAACACGCUUUACCUGAAGACCGAUGGGAAUCGAAUUUUAGCAAGAUGGUCAGGAAAGCCCGAAAGUCGAGGGGGCGACCCAAGUCCGGUUUUUGAACUAUUCGUUCCCCCUCAAACGCUGGACAUGGACUUUUUGGUAGUCACCGGUUUGGCGGCUGCAGGAUACUGGAAGAAGGCAGACAAGCUCAAGAGCCCGAUAAGCAAGAUUUUGAAGAUUAUGGGAGGCCUGGGUCCAUAA